AUGCCCAAAUGUUGGUCUCAGGGGGGGAGCGACGCCGUGAGAUGCAAAGUAUUUGUAGGAACACUGUCCGGAGCAGCGUUGAAAUGGUUCAGUGGCAUACCCAGAGCCACGGUAACAUCCUUCCCGAUGUUUGCCAGGAUGUUCCUUGAGCGAUUUGUUGCUAACCGAGCGAAACCCCCACGAAUGUCCGACUUGUUUGAUGUGAGACAGGGGACCGAGGAGCCUCUACGAGAUUACUUAAAUCGUUUCUGUGAUGCCAGUACAAACAUUCCUAACCUGGAUGAGGAGAUUCUGGUGGAUGCUUUUGUAAAAGGCCUUCGGGCCAACUCAUUCAGUGAGUCCCUCGUAAAAAAUCUGGCUAUCUCCCUUGCAGAGGUCCGUCUUAGGGUCUCCAUACACAUAGAAGCGGAAGAUGUAAUGAAGCACAAAUGA